AUGAAGCAGCGGUACAUCGCAACCCCAGCGGAAUAUGAAGAGGCCUGUGCCCUCCGCCUCAAGGCCUAUGGAAGCAAGAGCUACACACCGGUCGGCGACGUCACCUCGCUGGCACCUGGCACAUAUUAUCUGGAGAGCAUCGACGAAGUCUAUCGCAGAACUUACGCCAUCAAGUCGCAGUAG